UGAGUACUGGUACGUAAUUCGCCGUGUGGCACGUGUACGACGCUCUUGGAGUUUGGCAGUCACGGCUACUUGUAGGAAUGCAAUUACGCAUACAAGCGUAGCGGUUGCGAUGGACGCGAUGCAUGCGUGUCGCUGCUGCCUGCGGUGUCCCCCGGACAAAGACCUGACGACGCCGCACACACAUCUCGGCAAAACGGAGAUAUAUGCCGACAUGAUCAAGGAGUGUUUUGAUAUUCAAUUGCAGCUGGCAGUGGGCGGCUCGGGCUCGAGCGGCAUCUGCUGUACGUGCGUGGGCCGCCUGCGAGACGCGAGCGACUUCAAGCUGCAAGUGCAGCGCAGCCAGGCGGAGCUGCAGGCGCGCUCGCAGGGAGCGAGCCUCGUCAAAGAGGAAGAAUCUGCAGUAGAGUGUGAAAACCCAGAAAUGCAGGACACACAUGAUACUUGUGGGUCCGAGCCAGGUGAAGAGCCCGCGGUCAAGCCGGAGAUGCUGGAUGAAGACACACCUGAGGAGAUAUUGCAUGAAGAGUUCACAGUCAAGUCGGAGGCGGCGGCCGAGGACGAUGAGAUGUCGCAGGAAGAAUCUGCAGUAGAGUAUGAACACCCAGAAAUGCAGGACACAGAUGAGUCUUGUGGGUCCGAGCCAGGUGAAGAGCCCGCGGUCAAGCCGGAGAUGCUGGAUGAAGACACACCUGAGGAGAUAUUGCACGAAGAGUUCUCUGUCAAGUCGGAGCCGGCGGCCGAGGGCGAUGAGAUGUCGCUGUGUUCGGACGGCAGCGCACGCGCCAGGGAACAGCUCUCGAUGGCUUGCUCCGUGGUGCUCGAGCGCCUCCGCGGCGACGCGACUGCUCACAGCGGGGCCAAACCAAUCGCCUGCGAACACUGUGGCGAACGUUUUAGAAACGAAACUAUCUUAAGGAAACACAUUCAAGAGACACACUUGCCGCCAGCGCCCAAACAAUUUGCUUGUGAUUUUUGUAGUGCUACAUUCCAAACUGAAUCACUUAUUUUAGAGCAUACAAAAAUCGAACAUGGUGUCACGAAUUUCAUGUGCGCUCAUUGUGAGUAUUCAGCAAUUUCCAAGAGAUGGUUGCGAGCUCAUUUAAAAAGUCACUUCAGUUUCAAAAGCGUGAUUAAAAGUGAUUUACACAAACAUCAAGCGAUAUACUACGAAGAUAAGAAGACACACAAAACAACACACCUAAGAUUAAAUACCAGAGUAAGACCUUAUAAGUGUAGUUCUUGCGACUACAAGUGCAGUAACAGGUCAACCCUAAUAAUACAUGAAAGGACACAUACUGAUGAAAAGCCUUUUCAAUGUAGCCACUGCGAUCACAAAUGCAGUGCGAAAUCAGACUUAGAACGACACCAAAGAAUACACAUCGGAGAAAAGCCUUACGCAUGUAGUCUCUGUGCUUAUAAAUGCAAUAAGAAAUCACACUUACAGAGACACCAAAGAAUACACACAGGAGAAAAGCCUUUCGCAUGUAGUCACUGUGAGUACAAAUUCACUCAGAAAACACAAUUACAAAACCACAUGAGAUUACACACCGGCGAAAAGCCUUUCGCAUGUAGUCAUUGCGACUACAAAUGCAUUCAGAAAGCACACUUACAAAACCACAUGAGAUUACACACCGGAGAAAAGCCUUACGCGUGUAGCCAUUGCGACUACAAAUUCACUCGGAAAGCAUACUUACAAAGUCACAUGAGAUUACACACCGGAGAAAAGCCUUACGCAUGUAGUCACUGUGCUUAUAAAAGCUGUACGAAAUCAAACUUACGAAGUCACCAAAGAAUACACACCGGAGAAAAGCCUUACGCAUGUAGUCACUGUCCUUUUAAAUGCAGUACAAAAUCAGGCUUACGAACACAUCAAAGAAUACACACCGGAGAAAAGCCUUACGCAUGUAGUCAAUGUGCUUAUAAAUCCAGUACCAAACGAAACUUACAAAGACACCAAAUAAUACACAGGAGAAAAGCAUUACGCAUGUAAUUACAAAUGCACUCAGAAAUCAUCUAUGCGACGUCACCAGAAGACUCACAUUGGGAUGAACCCUGACAACGCAGCAAUCACCUAAAUCAGAAACUUAGAGCAUUGACAUUUCACGCUCCUUCAAUAAGGAAGGGGCUCCUGUCACGCAGCUCACGCGCGCUCCCGUAUGUUAAUGGGAUGGGAUUUUGCCGUUCCAAUUAUUAUAUUAAUUAAAAAUAUGAUUUAUUUUCCCUGCUUUGUCUGAAAAGUUAAAGUGUGUGCUUUGUUCGUGAACAUGAUCGAGCGGUGUGAAAAUUAAAGAAAACAAAGGAGAGUGAGGGCGAUGGUAAUACAGUUUACUUAUGUUAAUGUGAGUAACAAAUAAGUCAGAGAGUAGAAGUAUUUUAUUUAUUUAUUAUUUCUCAGUAUUUAUUUUCCUUCUUAGGCUAGGUAUUUUACAAUAUGUAUAUAAAAAUAAAAUAUAAUAAAAUAUUUAUUAUUACGGCGAGGUUACAAAAUGUAAAUUGGAUACAAAUAUCUUAAUACUGUUCUAAACUAAUAAUAUUAAAUUAACAUUUCUAUAAUAACCAAGCACAACAUUCAAAUAUAAAUUACAUGAACGAAAAUUAUUAAAUUAAAUUGAGAUCAUAAGUAUACUUAGUAUGUGAUAAUUUUGUUACAAGUACGAUAG